GUGAGGAGAAUGGAAACCAAAUUUGUGCUAAUUGGUCUCAAAAUCAUCCUCCUCCUCUACUCCCUUAUCCUUUGGAUCACCGGGGUGAUCCUGUUGGCUAUUGGAGUCUGGGGAAAGCUUACUCUGGGCAUCUACUUAUCUCUUAUUGCCAGGAACUCCAUAGAUGUUCCCACGGUACUCAUCGGAACUGGCACUAUGAUUGUAAGUUUUGGUCUAUUUGGAUGCUUUGCUGCAUGCCGAGGUGUCCUGUGGAUGCUGAAGCUGUACGCCCUGCUUCUGUCACUGGUGUUCGUGGCUGAGCUUGUUGCUAGCAUUUCAGCACCUCUGUUUCACCAUGAGAUCAAGGACAGCUUCUUGAAGAUUUACACCAACGCUGUGCAGAAUUAUAAUGGCAAAGAUGAGAAGAGCCAGGCGGUGGACCAGGUGCAGAACAGUCUGGUCUGCUGUGGGGUGAAGAACUACACUGACUGGAAAACAAGCCCUUACUUCCUGGACCAUGGCAUCCCCCACAGUUGCUGUAAGGAUCAAAGUGAUUGUAAUCCUCAGGAUCUACACAACCUGACCAUAGCUGCGACCAAAGUUAACCAGAGGGGCUGCUAUAAUCUGAUGAUGGGUUUCUUGGAGAGAAACAUGGGGGUUGUCAUUGGAGUGCUCUUUGCAGCCACAUUCUACCAGUUGAUUGGCAUAAGGCUAUCCUGUUGUCUGUCCCGGUACAUCAUGGCCCAUCAGUAUGAGAUGAUGUGA